GUUCUUGGGGCUGUGAAGGAUCAGCUGCUCCUGACAGGGGGCCUGAAGACGGGGGCCGUAAAGGGGCCGGAUGGGUUCUGGCGGGGUGAACUGGGUGCUGGGCCUGCUAGUGACCAGGCUGGUGUCCUCCACGACUGGAGGCAGAGACUCUCCAGAAGAUUUUGUGAUUCAGGCAAAGGCUGACUGUUACUUCACGAAUGGGACUGAAAAGGUGCAGUUCGUAGUCAGAUUCAUCUUCAACCUGGAGGAGUAUGUGCGCUUCGACAGCGACGUGGGGGUGUUCGUGGCACUGACGGAGCUGGGGAAGCCCGAUGCUGCGCUCUGGAAUAACCGCCCGGACAUCCUGGAGACCAGCAGAGCGUCUGUGAAUAUGAUCUGCAGACGCAACUACUGGCUGGGCGCCCCCUUCACCCUGGGGAGGAGAGUGCAACCAGAGGUGACAGUGUACCUGGAGAGGACCCCUCUCCUGCACCAGCACAAUCUGCUCUUCUGCUCAGUGACGGACUUCUAUCCGGGGGACAUAAAGAUCAGGUGGUUCCGAAAUGGACAGGAGGAGAGAGCUAGGGUUGUGUCCGGUGGCCUUGUUAGGAAUGGAGACUGGACAUUUCAGACUGUGGUGAUGCUGGAGAUUACCCUGGAACUUGGAGACGUCUACUGCUGCCAGGUUGAGCACCCCAGCCUGCUGAGCCCUGUUUCUGUGGAGUGGAGAGCUCAGCUUGAAUAUUCUUGGGGAAAGGUGAUAAGCGGAGUUGCAGCCUUCCUAUUUGGGGUAAUCUUCCUUCUGGUGGGAAUUGUCAUCCACCUCAGGGCUUGGAGAGGGUCUAUGGAGACUCAGUCUGGUAAUGAGGGCUCAGGAGCUGUUUUCCCAACACAAGGAUACUAAGGUCCUAAUUCAAGCUCUUUUCUGGAUCCUAAUCAGUGUCCAGUGACCUGGGCCCUGGGUUAGGGGAAGGACACUCAAGAGGAGAUUAAUGUUCUGAGGAUGAGCCUUUUCCGUCACAUUUGGAGUCCUGAACUAUACUAGAGUGUGUGCUCUGAGGUCCUGCCUCUUCCACCUUUGCAGCCUUCUUCCUCUAUUUGUGCCAUUCUCAAUGACAUCAUCCAGAAAUUUCUGUAAAACCUAACUCCUUCCAAUUCCAAACUGUUUACGUUUCUAUGGCCAGAUCUAACCCUCUGAGUCACGAUCCCUAAAUCUUUAUCUCUUCCAACUGCUGUCUCCAUGGUCUUUAGAAGACAAAUGCUCAUAUAUCACUAUUUCUUUUUUUUUUCAUUUAAAAAUAUUUCUAUUGUAAAAUAAAACAGAUAUACAAAACCACGUAAAA